CAGGUACAGGUACAGCUCACGUCUUAAUUUAAGGAAACGGAAGUCAUUAUAAUUAUUUAUUUAUAAGUAGAAAAGCUACGCUUACUUUAUAAGUAACCAUUUAUUUCUAUAAUAAAGUUACGUGCGAAAUAAUACGACAUAGAAUUAUAUAAUAAACAUUUGGUUAUUGGUGAGUUUAUCGACAAGGUACAGUUUGUGGCACAAGUCUGUCAGACCUACAAUAUUUAAGAAAGCACGAACAAUAGGGAAGUGUCGCGUCACGUCACGUCACGUCGCGCUGUGAACAACCGCACACGUUACAUAUUAUAAAUAAGAGUGGUGAAGCGGUUGCUCUCUACUGCUGCAGGGACAUCAUGGAACACAACUUCAUACUGACAUUCAUUUGUACAAUUUUCAUAAUAACUAUCGUGCAAUGCAUUCAAUUUAUCGAAAAUGCAGAAGAAAAUUCCGAUGCUAAGUUUAACACAACAACGCUGUACCCCGUGGAUAAGAACACAUUUGUAAAGUAUACGACAGAACGUACAAAUGUAGUAUCCGAAAAGCAUCGCAAAAUAGAUAGAACGACUUGGAAGAUUAACACAAGCUUUGCUGUCCCAAAACAUGAAGACGAAGAAAUACUAAGCGCCAAGAAUUGCAAAGAUACGAAUCAUAUUAAGCAAGUAAAAGAUGAAUACAGAGAAUCAAAAUAUUCAACAACGGUUACAAAAGAAAACAAUGUGGACGAAGAUGAAACAGAUCCUGAGAAUGGAAAGGAAGUACUUAAGAAGUACAAAGAAAAUGAACUAAAAUUUAAGAAAGAGUUUAAGCCGAGUCCACAUCUAAACUCUUACUAUGAUACUUUAGAUGAUUCUCCUUUUAAUACUCAUAGUACUCCUGCACCGACACUAGAAACGCCUACAUUUUUCGGGUCUCCGAGAGAUCAGUUCAAGCCACACAACAAUCAGCACAAGGGAUACGUCGCUUUCCCUUACAAAUACGAAACAUAUUCAGCUGUCGACAGCUCUUCAGUAUGGGGUGGACAGAGCUUGCAGUCAAAACCGACGAUAGAAGCGCCCGUCAGGAUACCCGCCGGGGGGCUUUACAGACUGCCCGACGUUUUAAGAGAGAAACCAAACUCCUAUGAAGACAAUGAUUAUCCCCCGGAUUCUAUUGACAAUGUUAAAGACAAUUCUCUCAAAAAAAGAGCAAAUCCCUGGCAGAGUGUUCUCCAGUUGGUGAGGGCGCUGCUUCCUGUCGGUCUCAUCGUGUCCGCGCUCACUCCCUCCAUACUCACCAUCGAGGAUCCAAACAACACACAGUUCAAACGUGCGUCUCGCGACCUGAGAGAGUCCUGGCGGUCCCCCGCCCUCCCGACACUCCCGGCACUCCCGGCACUCCCGGCCGUCAGCGAGGACUGCAAACGUCGUUUGCUUUGCGAGAUACAUUCUGACAGACACUACGAUGCGAGCAUCGCGCGGCGAGCCAAGCAGUGCCACAAGCUGCGCUGCGAGGAUCCUCGUGCUCUCACCGACCUGCUGCACUGGCUGCUCACAUACCACCGCGCUCAGCACCAACAUAUAAACAUAUGAAGAUUCAACAAAAACAUAUACAAUGUUUAAUUUAAC